CAAGGUAAAAUUGAACUGUAAAGAGCCGCAGAUUUUAACAACAAUAUGGAUGAGCUGCAGACGAUUCUAACAGAAGCAUUUGGCGAUUCAUCAAACAGCGAAGGCGAAGAAGAAGAACAAUUUCUCCAUGUUCAUUCUGCUGAGAAUAAGGUUAAUGGAAAAGCCCUAACCGGGUCAGUGUUUGGAGAAACUCAUAACUGGGAAAGAAUCAGUGAAAUUGAUGGCCUUUGGCUGUGCAAAGACUUUUUAUCUCCUGAUCAACAAUCAAAGUUGUUAUCAUCAAUCCAACAAGAAGGAUGGUUUGCUGAAUCUUCAAGCAAUCAGGCUAUGAGAUUUGGUGACCUACCAGGAUGGGCGGUUGAGCUCUCCAGGUCUAUCCAUGAGGUGAUUCUUUUCGGUAGUUAUGCUGCAGAGUUGGAAAACUGUGAAAAGGGCAAGGAAGCAUGUAUCUUUCCACAAGAUCUGUUAUGGAGAGAACCUCUAUUUGAUCAACUUAUAGCUAACAUGUAUCAACCAGGUGAGGGCAUCUGUCCACAUGUUGAUCUAAUGAGGUUUGAGGAUGGAAUAGCUAUCGUUUCUCUAGAGUCAUCCUGCGUGAUGCAUUUUUCUCGAGUCGGAAAUGAAACAUGCAGCCAAGAUCCACCACACAAAACGCCUGUGCUUUUGACACCGGGAUGUCUUAUUUUGAUGUGGGGAGAAGCACGCUACCUUUGGAAACACGAAAUAAAUCGAAAACCUGGGUCCCAAAUAUGGGAAGGCCAAGAGAUUGAUCAGAAGAAGAGGAUAUCAGUGACACUGAGGAAACUCGGUCGCACUGACUAGCAAUUUUGCUGCUGCAACACAUUUGCUCAUCAGUAAUUUCUUGCUAAAGUAUCCUUUUCUAGGGCUUAAGCAAGAGCCGAGGCUUAUAUUAUUCGUGUUGCUUGAAGGAUUGAAGCACACGCGUCAACACAUUUUUACAGAUUUUACU